AUGGCUGGCCAAGGGGGCCCGGCGGCGGUGCCGGUGUGGGUGUCGAAGCGGCCGCGCAUGUGGGAGUGCAGCGAGGCGCAGUUCAUGGAGGACCUGUGCGCCUUCCACUGCGAGCGCAACGGCAAGAAAGUGACGCCCGAGACCUCCCCGGACGCCAUCCUCAAUGGAAGCCGCCUCGACCUCUACAACCUCUACAAGGAGACGCACCCAGAGGACAUGGUCCGGGAUCCCUGCGCCAUUUGCGGAGGUAGCAGUGCACUGGCCUAG